UGACCACGUGAGGUUGUCCAAUGUCGAAGCCCGGAUUGUACGAAAUACAAGCGCUAUAAAAACAAUUCACCGACUAAUGACUACCAAGUGGUGAAUACCGAGUAGAUUUUAAACGAGGAAAACUCGGUCCAUAAUAAUAAAAUAUAAUUUUUGUAAAUAAUAUUAAAUUCAGGAGCGUAGUGAUUGUGUAAAACAAGUCAUUGCAGAUAAACAGUAAAAACUAAAAACGGUGACAUAGCUGAUAUCGUCGUCGGCAUACGGCAAACGCAGUACGCACAUACGUACGUACGUCGUAGACGUACACGGCACACACGCGCUCGCGAACGGGCACGUUUUAAUUUAUGUUUUUUAUUUCGUAUUAGUGUUUUAAAUAAUAUACAAUUACAGCAGAGUAACUCGAAUGCUGAUCCGAUCAGUAUAUUAAUAAUAAUAGUUCCUAAACAAACGACUUCUCCCCGACUGCGGCGGAAGAUUAUUUCUCUUUCGGAUAAGUGCGCGAUCAGUUUUCCAUUGAUCCCGGAUUUCGUUAGUCGUCAAAGGCGUCGUCAAUUAUUGUUCUAGCAGCUAUUUCAAUCAAAAUAUCAACGUCGUUGCCCAGUUACCUUUUUAUUAAUUAUUUACUCGAUACAAAUCGUCUAGUAAUAUAACUGUUUAUUUCUGUUAGUUGUUAACAGUUACUACUAGGCACAAUACGUUUUUCAAAUCUUGGGUUUUGGUAAAUUAUCCUUGCUCGGAUGUUUGCGUAUUUCUUGUACCUGUAGUUGUUUUUGUUCUGUUGUAAUAAAUUUAUAUACCUAUCUAACAUUUUAUAUGUAAACACUUGCGCAUAGAUACUAAUAAAGACAACACUUGGCAAGUCUUAUCUUACCGCUUAGUUGUUUAAAUUGGCAAUUAUGUAUUCAGAUAUAAUAGAGUCACCAUCAAAAGAUUGUUUCUCCUUCAAUGAUCAGUCUUUAUCUUAUGAUAUGGCUGAGGUGAAUGAGAUUAAUAAUCAAGCUAAUUUGGAUUAUAUUUUUGAUUCAUACUAUUCGUCUGUAUCAAGAUGUAAUACAGGUUUUGAACUUCCAGAAGACUGUAAAAAUAUGAGUUUUUCAGAGCUAUUUGAUCAGGAAUUGUUUAGUACUCAUGAAAAUAAAGACUGUCAAAUCACAAUCAAAAUUGAAAAAGAAGAACCAUUAAAUGAAUGCUAUUCUACUGAUAAUUCUAUAGAUACUACUGGUAAUUCGAGUUUUGUAAAAGUAGAAGAAAAUAUUUCUUCCUCAUCAUUAUUACCAAAAAGUUUUGCUCCAAAGAAAGGUAUUAAUAGAACUUCUAUAAAAACAAUGGGAACUUCAGAUGUUGAACAUCUCAUUCAUAAUCCUUUUUGUGAAAUAGAAGAGGUUAAUAAUCACAUUUUGGGGAAUAUUAACCCAUCUAUUGUAAAAUGUGAAAUUGAAGAUGUUAAUGAAAAUGUUGAAAAAGGCAAUAAUACAAUUUCUAUUAACACUCCAGAUAAUUGUGUUAAACAUCUUUAUAAUCCUUUUUGUGAAUCAAAAGAUUUAAGCGAUAAUCAAAUUCCAGUUCAAGUACAAACACCAAUUAUUAAAUAUGAACCUAAAGAUAAAAUUGACAAUAUUGAUAAGAAACCUAUUGUUGAAGAAAUUAAUGUAAACCUUCAUUAUUCUGGCGAUAGUUCACCAAAUAAAUUUUAUAGCCACAAUAUGGUGAAAGAGGAAAAUAAUGUCAGUAAAUAUGAUUCACAAAAUGCAACUAAUAUUCAUAAUAUAGUAAAAGUUUCAGAUAGUGUUACUCCUUAUUCAUUAAAAAAUUCUUCUUCAAAGCAUCAACAAAUUAACAAAAUUUCUAUUAAAACUAUUGAAAAUUGUAAUGUUAAACAUUUUUACAAUCCUAUUUGUGAACUGAAAGAUUUAGAUGAUAAUGGAAUUCCACUUAAAGUUCAAACACCAACUUUAAAACAAAAACCUAUUGAUAAUAACAACACUGCUGAAGAAAUUAAUGUGAGCUUCCAGUCUGCUGAUGAUUCACAAACUGUAUUAAAUAGCCAGAAUAUGGUGAAAAAUAAUGUCAGUAAAUAUGGUUCAAAAAGUCCAAUUAAUAGUGAUAAUGUGGUGAAAGUUAUAGAUAAUGUUACUCCUUUGUUAUUAAAAAAAUGUAUUCCAAAAUAUCAGAAUGUUCCUAAAGUGUCUUUAAAAACUAUUAAUGAUAUGAAGUACCCUGUGUACAGUACAUCAAAACAUUUUAGUUCUAAUCAAGUGUCCGUUAAAGUUCAAACUCCAACUGUGAAAUUUGAACCUGAAAAUGUCAACGACUCUACAGAUAAACCCUUUCUUAAAAAGAAAGUGAAAUCAUGUUAUUCUGCUGAUAGUCGCAAUUUUGUAAAAGAUGAAGAUAGAGCAUCAUCUUUAUUAUUAAAAAAUUCUACUUCUAAACAUCAAGUUAGUAAUAAAAGGUCUAUAAAAUCUGUUGAAAAUGGUGGAGUUAAACGCAUUGCACAUAAUCUUCAUUUUGAACAAAAAAAAGUUGGUAAUGAUCAAAUUUCAGUGAAAGUUUCAAAGCCUGUUAUAAAAUGUGAACCUCAAAAUUUCAAUAAUACUAGUGAAGAAAAUGUUAAGAUGAUAAUAAAUCCAUAUUAUUCUACUAAUGAUUUACAAAAAACUGCUGAAAGUCAUAACUUGGCAAAAAUGAAUGAAAUUAUUUUACCUUCUAAUUCCAAUUCUAAUAUUAAAAACCCUGCAGUAUACAAUCUUGAUUAUAAACCUAAAGAUCUAGGUAAUUUGACUUCGGUAAAAGGUAAAAUGCCCAUUAUAAAAUGUGAAACUGAAAAUAAUAGCAGUAUUCAACAUAACAUUAUUGAAAAUAAUUUAAAAUCUAAAAAAAAGACAAAAUCUGUCAAUCCAAAAAGAAUUCAUUCUGUUGAUUUAAUUGAUGGAAAUACAGAAAACCAAGAAGGGAUCAUAAGAAAACCGAAAACUAUUGUAUCUUCUACAAAAACCGUGGAUAUAGAUACUCAAACCGAUAAAAAAAAAAUUUCUUGGGAAGAAUUUAGAGCUAAAAGAGAAAAAAUGGGUUUGAUAAAUAUUUCAGAAAUUGGAGAAGAGCCUGGUACAGAUGUUGUUACAGAAGAUGAUGAUAAAUUGAAAGCAAUGAAAGAAGAGUUUGAUAGAACCACAGCUGAACAUUUCACUAGUCAAAAAAGAAAGAUUAAUGAUAAAGAAGAUGAAACUAUUACUGCUAAGGAAAUAAACAACGAAGAAGAAGAAUUGAAGAAAAAGCGCAUGAAAAUUGAAUACAUUAAAAAACUUCUACCAUCAUCUUUUGCAUCAGAAAUUGCUAAGACCUCGAGUUUGAUGAAAGGCAGUUUAGUAGAGGAUAACGAUAAUGAAAAUACUUCUGAUGAUUCGACAUUGUCCAGUGAUAAAACACAAGGAACAUAUUUAAACACACAUGAUAAGUUUCAAAAAAAAGGCUACCAAUCUAGAAUGCAUUCUGCUCACCGUGUUUUAUCUAGAUCUGAUUAUAAUAAUAAAAGUAGCCGCUCGUCAUCAUCUAGUUCAGAUGAUUAUUAUAAUCGUAAUAGAACUGAUGUUCCUUCACAAGGAGUACAAUAUAGUCAAACUGCACGAACCACUCUCCAAAGACCUAAAGAUCAGAAAAGGGUGGUAUAUGUUGGACAGAUACCAAUCAAAUUUGGAAAACGUUACUUAUACAAUCGGUUCAAGGAAUUUGGUACAAUACAAUCUUUAACACUUCAUAAAAAACCAGACUUCCGUGUUUAUUAUGCAUUUGUAACAUAUUCUGAGAAUUUAGAGGCUGAUCGUGCUAUUAAUCAUGGAAAUGAUGAUGAAAGCCAAGUCCAAUUGGAUAUUAGAUUUGGUGAACGGAAACAAACUCAAACUCCUUAUUAUGAUUUAGAUGAUGAAUGGUUAACCGACUGGUAUGGUUACAAACAACCUUUAGCACCAGUAGUAAAAACAGAAGAUAUUGAAAAAGUGUCUUUUGAAGAAGAAUUGCAAGAAUUUUAUAAGCUUUCUCAAAUUAAAAAGUUAAAUCAAAAGUCUUCUCAAGCCUCUUGACAUAAAUUUUUUAUUUAUUUCAUCUUAUAGUGUUGGAAUAAAAAUGUAAUAAAUAUUGUUAUAAUUUUUCGUA